UGACAGAUAAGUGAGAGCCUCUCUCACCACACCCACUGAUAUUGACAGAGACAGGAUAUCUGUUGUACUGUUUAAAGAGUGAGCGGUGCUUCCUCAAGCUUCGGUUUCGUGAAAGUAGACAAAAUAGUGAACAACGACCAGAGGGAAAUAUUCCUUGUAGUUGGCAAAGUUAGAUAGAAUAUCUUCAAGAUGGUUUGUGGGGGAUUUACGUGUUCUAAAAAUGCUCUUUGUUCACUCAACGUGGUGUACAUGUUGGUUGGUCUGCUGCUGAUCGGCGUGGCAGCGUGGGGGAAAGGCUUCGGCAUCGUGUCCAGCAUCCACAUCAUCGGCGGGGUCAUCGCUGUGGGUGUCUUCCUACUGCUUAUCUCCAUCGUGGGUCUCAUUGGAGCCCUCAACCACCACCAAGUCAUGCUCUUCUUUUACAUGGUCAUUCUGUUCCUGGUUUUUCUUUUCCAGUUCGGUGUGUCCUGCUCCUGCCUGGCUAUUAACAAGGGACAGCAGGUGAAGCUGUUGAGUGCUACCUGGGCAUUGAUGAGCAACGACACGCGGCUGGGCGUGGAGAACAAGUUGAACUGCUGUGGGCUGCUGAACAACAACCAGAGCAAGGAGCAGUUCAUCGAGGAUGUGGAACUCUGCAAUGCGCCCUGUAAGCCUACCGGGUUCUGUUUCACCUGCGGCGACUUGAUGCUGCAGCAUGCUGCAGAGGCUCUGAAAAUCCUGGGUGCAGUAGGACUCUUCUUCAGCUUCACAGAGGUCAGGAAACCGCUCCUGACUAUACCUACAAGAGCUGAAAUACACACAUCACAACACUCACCCCUAAAUGCACAAAGGGGGGAAUUCCGACUCGAGUUAAGCACAUGUAAAUGAUCUUGGGUGUGUGGCUGGCUGCACGUUACAGGAACCAGAAGGAUCCAAGAGCCAACCCCAGUGCAUUCCUAUAAGAGCAGAGCGUGAAGAGGCCCACAACUUACGCACCAUGAUAUAGACAUACACCAGGGUACCCAAAAUACAACAUUGGAGAUACACAUACAUACACACAGAUGUGCCAAUAUGAAAAUAAUAACACACACUCGUAGCCUGAUGCCAAUUGACAACCCACUAAGUACCUUCUGGUUCUCACAUGUGCAUACACAUGCACUGGGGAAGAAAAGGCAAUGUUGGUCUAUACAGUGUCUUCUCAUGCAUGAUAGGAUUGUUCAACAGCUUUUUUUUGUAUAACUUCUGUAUGUCAGUGUUUCUCAACCUCUGGUCUGUGGACCUGCACUGCUCUUGGGAUAAUGGGGACCACUCCCUCAGAUGAUAAUACUUAUUUACUCUGUUCUUAAUUAGAAGUUUUAAACAACACAGUUCUCCAGCGGUAUAUCUGGUUCAUGUUCAUUAGGCACCAAACAGAAGAACAUGUACAGAAACAAGGAGGGACCUGCACUUUUCCAAUAAGAAAGAUUUUAUUUUCCGUUCUACGUUUUUCUACGGUGUGCUCUAAUGAAUAUGAGCCUGUGCUCACUAGUUCCUGGGACCAAACCAGUUGAGAACGACCCCAUUCAGAGACACCUAUCCCUGUCUGUCCAUGAUGUGGGUAGACUACACAGAUGCAGCACCCUGUGCAACAACUACCAGCAUAGCACUGUGUGUGAUGGCAUACACAGAAUUGAUCAUUUUUUUAACCAAGAAAAAUCGUUUAUAAUAAGGAUUUUGUCUAUGCCACAAAAUGUUGCAAUUGUGCCGAUUUUAUAUAGUAGACUUCUGUGGAUUUUUAACAAGAUGUCAUUGUGUGCGGUGUGGCCAUCAAUAUUUCUUGACAAAGAAAGCGGUGCCAUAUAGAUCAUGUCAUGUUAGUGCCUCAGGUGGGAAUUAGAUUUUGUGCCAAACUAUUGAUUAAGAGGGGAUACUGAAUUGGAUAGUCUAUAGUGAGAUUUCUCUUCCUUUUGAGCUAAAACAUUAAGCACUUUAAUGGAGUUAAGAAUCAUGAGACAGUUCAGACAAUAGAUAUGUAGGCGUAAUUCAGUUAAACCCCCAUCCAUCCACAUAGCACUUUAUUCAACACUUGCAUUUGCUCCUGUAUAUUACAUUUGUUUUGUUGGGGGUUACUAUGAACACUAGAGGGCUUUGACGCUGAGUAAAAGUUGUCAUUAAACAAUUCAUCUGGACCACCAGGGUGAGUUAAUACUGGAGAUAAUGCCUUUGUGGAAAUGCAACAUGUUUUUCUCCCAUCUCUCCUUGGCCUGUCGUGAUAUGCACCACCCUAACCUCAAUUGUCUCUAGACAUAGAGAUAGGACAUUUUAACAUAUUUAAUGAAUGAACAAAACAUGUUUGCCAGUGUUGAUAGUUGUCACACACUCCUUCAUAAAAUAAGUGCAGCCAGUCUCAAAAGUUGAGACAAAAUGUAGUCUGGAGAAUUAAAAUGAACUUAACGCUUUGAUUAGGAAUAUACAAUGAAGGGAAAAUGUAGAACUACAGCACAAAGCAAUGGGCAGCACAGUUUUUGGAUGAUCUAGCUUAAGUGGUGUUCCACGACCUGCCUUCAUAUGUUGACACUGAUUUCAUUUCAACCAUUGAUCCUUUUCUGUGCAUUCUUUGUUUCCACUUGAUCUAUUUUGUAAUUAACCUGAAAGUGUUUUCCUAGUGGCACUUUGCCUGAUUUUAUUUAUUUGCCUGAUUUUAUUUAUUUGCCUGUCAUUGGAGGAAAUAAUUUGCUAUGGCGUAAUUGAUGCAAUCUUGGAGGAAUUUUAAAACUAGGGAUCUGCCUGUAGCUUUUAACCACAUGCCUAAAUACUUAGCAUAGCAGUGACUGUUCACAACAAUUGUCAAUUUGAAGCAUCUUAAAACUGAGCAAAGAGUUUAGGAAUUAGUUUUAUUAAGUAUUGCCCUUAAUGGUAACCCUGCUAAAAGCCUUUGGUUGCACAGUGCCUCUGCACAGCAAUGGGUUGUCGGAGUUAGUAUGUUAGUCCCCUAGCUGUCACUUAAAUGAGUGAUGUGGCACUUUCAAAGGCUGUGAGACUGCCACUAUACAUCCUGACUCAAGGUUUUAGUUCCCCUAAAGUUUAUCCAUGAUUGACAGAAUGACUCAUGCUCACCCCCAGUGUUGACUUCCUGUUCUAGAUUAUGGCAAUGUCUCAGCUUCCUGUUGCUUUUCACCCAAAUGGCACCCUAUUCCCUAUAUAGUGGACUACUUUCAAGUAGUCCACUCUAUACGGAACAGGAUGCCAUUUGGGACUCAACCCUUCUCUCAAACGUUCCUACUGUGGACUUGAUUGCCUGCUUAACCUUAAGGUUUAUUUUUUGUGCAACAUGUUUUUCCUAUUAAAUGUCAUGAUUCAGGA